AUGCAUUUGAAGGCGCGCGGAGCUUACGAAUGGGCUAAUAUUGGUGGUGUUUUGUAUUCAUUACUACUAAUUUUUGGUAUCUAUUCACUGGUGUUAUUUUUCACAUGCCCACUGACAUAUGAGGCCGAUCAGUGCGCUCGUGCUAAUAUCGCUGGGGUUGUUAUCGUUGCCGAAUUACUUAUCAAUUUCUUCUUAUUUAUCAUUUACAAUAGGUACCUUAAUUUUUUUAUUUAG